UAUCUUCAAUCUGCCUGAACUGAAGGAGUUUGAAACAUCAAUUCAAAUCGAUUUAGACAUCCAAAUCCAGUUUUCCAAAACAGUUCUGAAGUUCAGAGAGGACUUGAUUCAUUUGCCCCGAACCCUUCAACGUCUUUUCUUCCUGAAGCUUAUUUGAAAAUAAAAAGAGUUCUAUCUCCAUGUUACUAUUACAUUGUAAUAGUACGCCAUUGUUUGGAUAACCCUUCCCAACUCAGAUUGCUGUGUCUUGCAGUUGCAAAAAUGACUACAACCAGGUGUCCAAUCGAGUGUUCUAUCUUCUUAAGCACCACAACACUGUUGGAUGGAAUUCUUGCCUAUAAGCCUUAUUUUUGUGGUUAGCAAAAUGCAAAGUUUUCUUGUUUCUAACUUCCUGCGGAGAGAACUCAUUCACACCGUUGCAAUAACAAGAGCCAAUCAACAGACUGGACUUUCUUUUCCUCUCUGAGUUACUCUCCAAAAGAGAACCAGGCAAGAGUUUGCUAUCCAAAGGUUGCCUCUUCUGUACACCUCGCUUUUGCUGAUGCUCCAAAUGAGGGUCCAGAAUCCCUUCCAUGGUGGGACUUUUCCAAGUCCUCCUACCUUCAACGGAACAGGGAUGAAUUGCUCUGAACCCGGAAUAAAUUUCGAACAUACAUUUUAUACUGCCACUUACUCCAUCAUUUUCAUCCCAGGCCUCCUAACCAACAGCAUUGCUCUAUGGAUGCUCUGCCUCUUUAUCCGAAAGCAAAACAAAGCCAUCAUCUUCCUGCUGAAUCUGGCCACCGCGGACUUCAUUCAUGUCCUCUCCUUACCUCUGCGGAUUUAUUAUUACAUUAACUACAAGUGGCCCUUUGGACUCUUCCUUUGUCAGCUUUGCUUCUACUUGAAGUACCUGAACAUGUACGCCAGCAUUUGUUUCCUCACCUGUAUCAGCAUGCAAAGGUAUCUGUUCCUACUCCAUCCCUUUAAGGCCAAAAACUGGAAGAAGGGCUACGACGUGGCCAUCGCGGCUGCCAUCUGGCUGGUGGUUGGCAUAGCUUGUCUGACCUUCCCAUUGCUGAGAAACACCCAGCGCUCCGAAGCUUGCUUCUCCGAUCUCCAGAUUGAAAAGUUCCAGAAUAAGGCGGCUUUGAUCGGGAUGCUGAUGGUCGCCGAGCUGAUUGGGUUCUUGUUCCCUCUUGCAAUCAUUGUCUAUUGCACUUCCAAGAUCAGAGCAUCCCUUCAGGACAACCAAAGGCCUUUACAAAACGCCGGUGAAAAACGGAAGGCCUUACGGAUGGUGUCCAUGUGUGCCAUUGUGUUUUUUGUGUGCUUCGCCCCUUAUCACGUCAUGUUUUUCUUCUUCAUGUUGGUAAAAGAAGAUGUGGUGAGGGGCUGUGCUGUAAAGCAAAGCAUCUUGUAUUUGCACCCCUUUUUCUUAAGCCUUGCCAGCUUCAACUGCUGCUUGGAUCCAUUCCUGUAUUUUUUUGUGACAUCGGAAUUCCAUGGCCGGAUGCCAAGCUACAGGAGCUUGUCCUUCAGAAGUCGUUUGCUAAGCAAGGAAAGUGCUUCUUCUGUGAAGGACUAAAUUAGCUGGUCUUCAAGUUGGACAAAGGAUUGGAGGAUCUACAGGAGUUGAUAGUUCAGACUGCCUCUCCUGGUACCCAGUAGCAUAAGAGUGGGCUCACAUACCAUGCUAAAGUUUUGGUUCAUUGAUUGAGCAAUAGUUGGUUGGGUUCAUACAACAUGAUAGAUCAGUGGUUCCUAAUCUAUUUUAUGGAAACCAUUUUAGGGAAGUUGCAUGAGUCAAAGCAGCUGUGUAUACGACACAUUGCUGGCUCUAAGUUAAUGUUGUAGUCUUCAAAAGCUUUCAGGGACAAUCUCGAAGUCUGCAUGAAGAGAAAAUUGGGAUCUGCAGCACCGUGCUCUACAGAUCACAAAGAUGGGAUUCACAUAGCUAAGCCAUCACAUGAUCUGCUUUAAUUUUUUUUCUGCAACCUCAGCCUGACACUCAUCAUUUCCAGUCAAGAAUCUUAAACUGGGUGGGGAUGAGCAAAUGCUAAGCUCUACAGAGAAUUUCUUUCUCCCAGAUCUGCCUAAGGAGGGCAAUUGCUGAACCUGCUUUAUUUUCUUUUGAUAGUUUUGGAGGUACUAAUGCUUUUUGCUGAUCAUGGCAACCGAACCGAAUUUUGUUAAUCUGAGACAUUCCACUGCUCAUCUAAGCAACUUCAUCAGGCGGAGCAAAAUUCUUUGCCUAACUAAUUUUGCUCUGACUGAUGAAGUUGCGUGGAUGAACAACAAAAUGUCUCAGAUUUACAAAGUUUGAUCCGUUACCAUGAUUUCAAUCUUUAGACACCCUUGGCCUGGAUAAUUGAUUCUUCACUGACUUAUUGACCCCAAUAAUGUGCAAUGGAAAAUUGUUUUGGGAAUGUAAUUCCUGACUGACUUCGAGGUAGAAUCAAAGGUAUAACUUGCAUUAAGCCUUCAGAUAGGUUUAGCAUACUAAAAAUGACUACACACACACACACACACACACACACACACACACACACACACAAUUGGAAUACAUUCAAAUAAAUCCCACAGAUAUGAACAGGAGUUCUCCAGGCUUCUCUUGAUCUGCAACCUUCAGUUUAUGGGUCGUAAGAAUUAACAGUAUUUUGUUUUAGUCCAAUUCAAAAGUCUAACUUCAUUAGUGAAUUGACUGAACACAUCUUUGUAAGUAUGUACAUACUCUGCAAGUAAACAAAAUAAUUGCUCUGAAUAGUAAAAUAAAUAAAAGAACUGGUUUGAAAGAGAAA